UUUUACUCAUUUUGUUGGAUUUAUGUAGCAUUCAGUACAAGCAGCAUUUCUGGGAUUUAAAAUGCGAGAUAAAUUGGAUUAGCAGUUAAUGUUUUGUGAUGAGAUUAUUACAUUUAUCGGCUGACAGAUUUUCCUUGUGGCCUACACGUUUUUCAUGGUAUUGACUUAGGAAGCGGUUAGGAAGCAGGAGCCCCGUACCAAGACAUAGAAUACUAGAUUAUGUUCUCUAUAAACGAAGCUACCUUUAGCACCCUUGCAGUUUGAAUGUUCUGGGUCCGCACACAGAUGACAUUCUUAGUUUUAUCUUCUACAUUUGAGACAAAUAACAUUUAUUGGGAACAGAAACUUGAACCAAUUACAGCACAUUGCAGCCACGCUGAAGUCAAACUGAAGUCCUAGCUGGAUAAUUAAGUGACACUUGAUCUGUAUCCUCACCCUGCUGUCUGCAAUAACCAUCCAAGCAGCACAAUUUAACCACAGAACAAAGCAUUAUACAGUAUAAGACGUAGACUUAACAAGUAGAUCUACUCCCAGAGAUUACUUCCGGAAGGUUGCAAGUUACAAUGUCCUCGCUAAAUGUAUGUCUGUUCAUCGUUAUGACGUCAUCACUAUGUGAGCUCUGUUCCUCGGCGGACAAGGGGACGAAAUCUCCCGUCACUCCUAAAUUGUUCAAACUAAUGGGUAGCCUUCACGCACAAGCCAGCGCCGUAUCCAGAUCGAGACGAUCUUAUUUAGAUAACAAGAUCGAUACUUUCCCUCAACACCCCGACUACCACGCGUACCACAGCGACGACUACUACAGGACUCACCUUCGCCCCGACGAGCUCGAUUCCGAGCGUGAUUACGAGAGCGCCAUGGCCGGAAGAAGCUACCCAAGGAUGGUUCCAAAAGACGAAACGUUCGCACCUAUCCAGAUGAAAGCUUUCCAGGGAUUAGAUCUAGAUGACGCUCCUGAGCUCGAUGACGUCGACCUAGAGAACAUAGAUGAUAUUUUUGGCGCUGCCCUUCCAAAGAAAUUUAACAUCCACGCCCCUGUCCGGCCGGAAGCGAAAGCGAAGGCAGAUAACAUCUUACAAGAGUUUAUGGAGUAUAUGAAUUUAAAAGAGAGUGGUGCAUUAGACUUAUGCCUCUCCCCUGCCAGACGGAAGUGAGUCUUUCGUGAGAACUAAAUACCUCGCAUCUCUCUGAGCCAACUCCAGCCAUCUGGACGUCAAGUUAUCACUAAGAGUAAUUAGCAUCGACUGGUUAGUCUAAUUAACGCCAGAGAACCGCGUACAUUCAUUUCAUUCGUUUUGCUGUCAUUAAAUGACAUUAAAAUUAAACAAUUAUAGGUCGGAGAUGAAAAUUAACAUUCCUUUUUUAGGAAAGUUAAAAUAAUUAUAUUUUAUGGGGUGUUUAGGGAUUAUAUUCCCCUGGUAAAUGUAAUAGCUAUUUAUAUCUUGAAAAGAUGAUUCUAUAAUAAAGAAGUAAUUAUUAAAUUGUUCCAAGUCAA